AUAUUAUUCAAUUUGAACGCUUCUCGCUUCAACGAUCUUCUUUCUCUGUGGAAACCGUGUGAAGAAGCACCUCCAUUGUUAAAACUUGAUUGAGCUUUAUAUAUAAACCCCACCAACGUCCUUCAUAUCUGACACAAAACCAUCUUUUAUUUGUUUAUUUUCUCAGUGGGAAACAUGUUUGAUUGGAGAUUGAGAAGAAAGCUGAGAGUUGGAGGGAAGAAGAAGAAGAAGGAAAAGCCUGAAAUAAUGGAGCUGCAGAUUCCGAAUCAUUUCCAGUGUCCGAUAACGAUGGAGCUCAUGAAAGAUCCUGUGACAUUAUCUUCCGGGAUAACUUAUGAUCGGGAAAGCAUUGAAACUUGGCUCAAUGCAGGAAAUUUUACUUGUCCUGUAACCAAUCAGGUUCUCAGGAAUUUCGAUCAGAUUCCUAAUCAUACUCUCAGGAAAAUGAUUCAAGAUUGGUGUGUUGAAAAUCGGCUUCAUGGGGUUGAACGGAUUCCGACUCCGAGAGUUCCGGUGACUUCCGGCGAAGUCUCGGAGAUUCUUUUUGAUUUGAAGUUUUCUGUGAAGAAUUUGGAUCAAUCUGGGGUGUUGGAAUCGUUGAACGUGAUAAAUAAAUGGGGAUUUGAAAGCGAACGAAACAAGCUUUGUAUUGUCUCCAAUGACGCCAGUGAAGUGCUUGCAGAAGCUUUCUAUGUGUUUUCAAAAAAUCCUGAAACUUUUGAAAGAUUUUCCCAAGUGUUAAUGGAGUUAUUAUCAGCUUUGAACUGGAUGCUUCCGCUUGAAGACGAUAAACCCUUGAAGUUUUUAGCCUCAGAAGCGUCUUUACGCUGCUUGCUUUGGUUCAUCAACAACAAUCAAGACAUUUCCGUAAAACAAACGGCCAUUUCAGUGAUGAAGGAGAUCAAGUCUUUCGAAGAACAAGAUUUACAAGUUCUAAUCGAUUCUGGAGUGGUUGAAACACUGAUGAAGUUCAUUGAAGACCAGAUUUCUCGUACGAUCACCAAGGCUUCAUUAAUGGUGAUUUUCGCCAUGGUUUCUGCACCAAACGAGAAGAUUAAUAUAAAAUCAUCAUUCGCGGAAAAGGGUUUGGUCUCAUUGCUUCUGAAUCUCAUAAUAGAUUCAGAAAAGAGCAUUUGCGAGAAGGGAUUGGCCGUUUUGGACAGGAUUUGUGAGAGCAAAGAAGGGAGAGAAGAAGCCUGUGAAAAUGCAUUAACAGUGCCGGUUUUAGUGAAGAAAAUCCUGAGAGUUUCAGAAAUGGCAACCCAGUUUUCGGUUUCUGUAAUUUGGAAACUCAGCAAAUUUGAUCAGAAAAAUGAAGGGAAAAUCUUGUUUGAAGCCCUGCAAGUCGGAGUUUUUCAGAAACUGGUGUUGCUUUUACAGUGUGGCUGUGAAGAUUCAACCAAGGAGAAAGCAACUCAACUUCUGAAAUUGAUGAAUCCUUAUAGAGCUGGUUUGGAAUGCACUGAAUCUGAAGAUUUCAAGAAUCUGAAGAGGUCUUUUUGAGAAGGUUUUUUGUUUUUUUUAACAUAUAAAUUUUUGUUUCAUUCUAUUUAUUCUUUUGUAAUAAAUUUGAUUACAAUUCUUCUCACAAGAGGGAAGAAAUUUAUGAAGAAUGUGUACAAAAAUAAGGUUUUUCUCAUAAGCAAUUCAAGUUUGAUUCAAAUAUUCGGAUUUAAA